CGGGGAGGCGUCGGUUUCCCCUCAGUUUGACGCGCCCUUGAGGCCUUGAGGAGAAUCGAGACCAUAUUCGACGAAGUCGGGGGGCACGAUGAUCGACCCGCAGAAACGGAAAGCGCCCGGGCCGGAUAUGGCUCUGGUAGCGGCGGCGUCCGGGGCUAAGAAGCCCCGCCACGAGCUUAUCUUGGGGUCGGGGCCUGGCGCUGGGCAGCCGCCCCCGGGCGCCUUGUUGCAGGCGGGCCCCCCAAGAUGUUCCUCUCUCCAGGCACCUAUAAUGUUGCUUUCAGGGCAUGAAGGAGAAGUUUACUGUUGUAAGUUUCAUCCUAAUGGAGCCACCUUAGCAUCAGCUGGAUUCGACAGGUUGAUAUUGUUAUGGAACGUGUAUGGGGACUGUGAUAAUUAUGCCACUCUGAAAGGACAUAGUGGAGCAGUUAUGGAACUACAUUAUAAUACUGAUGGCAGCAUGCUAUUCUCUGCCUCCACCGAUAAAACUGUAGCAGUGUGGGAUAGUGAGACAGGAGAGAGGGUGAAAAGACUCAAAGGUCACACAUCAUUUGUGAACUCCUGUUACCCAGCAAGACGUGGACCUCAGCUGGUCUGUACAGGCAGUGAUGAUGGGACAGUAAAGUUAUGGGACAUCAGAAAAAAAGCUGCUGUUCAAACAUUUCAAAAUACCUAUCAGGUGUUAGCAGUGACCUUCAAUGAUACUAGUGAUCAGAUAAUAUCUGGAGGCAUAGACAAUGAUAUCAAGGUAUGGGACCUUCGUCAGAACAAGCUAACUUACACAAUGAGGGGACAUGCUGAUUCUGUCACAGGUCUCAGUCUGAGUUCAGAAGGCUCUUACUUGCUUUCCAAUGCCAUGGACAAUACAGUUCGUAUCUGGGAUGUUCGGCCCUUUGCCCCUAAAGAGAGAUGUGUAAAGAUCCUCCAAGGGAAUGUACAUAAUUUUGAGAAGAAUCUCCUGCGAUGCUCCUGGUCACCAGAUGGAAGUAAAAUAGCUGCUGGAUCUGCCGACAGGUUUGUUUAUGUGUGGGAUACGACCUCCAGAAGAAUUCUCUACAAGCUGCCAGGCCAUGCUGGUUCAAUAAAUGAAGUGGCUUUUCAUCCAGAGGAGCCAAUUAUACUUUCUGCAUCUAGUGACAAAAGGCUGUAUAUGGGGGAGAUCCAGUGAGGAAGAGAGCCAGCACAGUUGUCAUCUUGGAUGUGUGGAAUUGGAUUGCUUCUGGCCAAGCUGGAUUUUUCUGCACAAAGUCUUGGAAGAUGAAGAGACUUCAGAAAAUGCCAUUUCAUGUACAGAGUUAAAUAUUAACCAUCUGUGUUUUAGAGGAUCCCCCCUUGAAUUCUUGACCAUGUUAUGCAGAAUAUUGAAAAGGCUUCUGGUUUCGAAGCAUUAAGAUUUUUGAGAUGGACGUACAGAUUUCUUAUUUUUCCCUGCACAAUGUGCUUUUGGCUUAUUAUUGAAAUCAUUUGACACUUGUAAAAUGUGGAGUGUUUAAUAUUUCAUGUUUCCCUCCAGGUUUGCUUGUCAUUUUUAUACAGAAAAAAUAAAUAGAAUACUUUGCAAAAACUGUGUGUAGAUGGAAUUUA